AUGUAUAAUAGUUUGUGUUAUAACGGUACUUUAAAUCAAGUGUCUGAAGAUACCCAUUGGUAUCCAUUUAUGAAAAUCGCCAUUGAAUAUAUGCGUGAUAAACAUCCAUUAUCAGGACUACGCGACGAUGAACUUGGACAAAAGUUACUUGUAUUUCUAUUUGGUGUGGCUUGCCAUCAAGUGGCUGAUGCUGCGUGGCAUGCAAAUUUAACAGGCUGUCCGAAUGGAUUUAUCGAUGCAACAGCCUGGGAGAGUUUUAAUGGCAAUCGAGAAAUGGCACAUUCAAGUGAUGAUACAGGUGGAGAUAGUGUUAUUAAUUACGAAUUACCGGUCGGUUAUAUCGGGCUUAUCGACAAGUGGUUUGUUCCAAGCCACGAACUUGAAGAGAUCUAUGCGCGAUAUGCUGAUGCCUAUAACUCACCACUGGAAAAUAAUGCUACUGAGAUGCGUAUUCAAACCUGCUCUAGUAUUAUUUUCGGCGGACGAUUUGCUGAUGCUCUUCUUCUCGGUCUUCUAUAUCCCACAUACUCAUCCAAUAAUAGUUUUCUACUCGAUCAACUGCACGAAUACUACUAUGGUAGUUUACCAAAUAUGGCUCAGCUAGCGGUUCGAUAUUGGGAUCAGAUUAUUGCAAUGUAUGAAAAUGGAACAAAUAUUUGUACAUUGACCGGCAUUAAUCCAUAUUAUCUGAACUGUACCAUUCCUCACACUGUUACACAUCAACAACAGCAAGAAUUAACAUCAUACGUUCAAUCAGCACCUUCAGGUUAUUUACCUUUUUCAGACAACACUUUAUCAUUAUUGCCGCCAUUGGGCACCACCGAAAUUCUGACUGGGCUCAUUUCAAAUCAAAGUUAUGCCGCAUUUGGUUAUGCAACCCUCUUUGGUGAUUUUAACGGUGAUGGACGUACCGAUCUUGUCGUGUCAGCACCCGAUUAUUAUGUACUCGGAUGUGUACAAGGUGGUCGAGUGUUCAUUAUAUAUGGUCAAGAGAAUCGUUUUCUCAUACCCGACCAUCAAAUUUCGAUUAUUGAAGGACUUGCCAAUCAAACACUUAUUUCGCCCGUAUGUGAUGGCGAUCGAUUCGGUUCAGCAUUGGCUAGCCUUAAUUUGAACAACGACGGAUUUAACGAUCUGGUCGUUAGCAGUCCAUCACACGGAUUCGGCUUUCGUGGAGCAGUAUUUGUGUUUGCCGGUAGUGCAGACGGCCUUCAACUUCAACCAUAUAUGCGUAUUGAUGGAGUGAAUGAACAUGACUCAAUUGGAUUUGGACUAUAUACGGCACAUCUCGAUAAUGAUAAUCGACUUGAUUUGAUCAUUACUAGUCCAUACGCUCAACCGAACGGUUAUAAUCAGCCACAACAAGGAGCUGUCUGGAUCUUCAAGAGCUCUGAUCCUCAAAUGUCGAGUAAUAAUCUCACUGUUGCCAAUGCAUCGUUCACCAUUUAUGGUGAAACAGCGAAAUCAAAAUUUGGUUAUUCACUUGAAAUAAUUCCGCCGUCGUGCAUCAGCAAUGUAGCCUAUCCAACUCUCAUGAUCAGUGCACCGGCCGACAAGGGUAAACUGUUCGUAUACUCGUUUGAACCUCAAAUCCAUCUCAUUCUUACUCUCUCUGGCACGCAAGAAAAUGGUCGUUUUGGACAGAGUUUUUCAAUUUAUAAAGACAGAUGUUGGCUGGCUGUUGGAUCGCCGACCCGUUUAACCGACUGGUACGGUGGUGUUGAUGUUAUUUUACUGUCCAAUCUUUUCGGUCAAUCAAACAUUCAUCUUCAAUUGAGUGACAUUCCUGUACGUGUCUCAAUUAGUGGUGAUAAGAUCUUUGGACGUCUAGGCACAACAAUUCAAUGGAAACCCAAUGGUGAUUUAUGCAUAUCAGCUCCGCUCGGCAAGCAAAACAUUCAGCCAUUGCAAUCACAAAAAUCCAUAGGUCGUGCGUACAUUGUAUCUGCUAGUCGAAUCUCAACGCCACUCGGUCUAGGAGUGCAAUCAAUUACAAGUAUGUGUUCGACGACUUACGUCGCUCACAAUCAAAUGAAUCGAUUCGGUACUCGUACUAAUAUUCUUUCCUCAACAUCUGUCUCCUACUAUGUCAUUUCAUCACCAUUCACAACCAUACAUGAUAAUGUUCGUCUGCCGGGCAUGUUAUAUUUUCUAUCAUUAUAA